CUGACCCACACACAUCAUGGGCUGGUAACAAACAUAAGGACAUCCUAGGGCUUGAUUUGCUCUUUUGACAGCCUAGCCUUGUUUUUUCCCUUCCUGCAGGUACUUGGUCCUCAGCUGGAAGUGUAUCGUUUUUUUUUCCUAUGCCACUUUAAGCAACAGGUGACUUUUUCUUUUUUUUCCUUCCUUGUAGGGGGCCCUGGCCCAAGCGCAAGUUUUAUUGGGACUCUAACAGGAAAGGCACAGAAAGACACUGUGGUGCUUUUGAUUGGAAAACUAUUCCAGACUGGGGAAUUGACUCUGUGCUUUCAGCCUGUUAGUGCAUGAGAGAGAUGGAAGCACGGUCCUCCACCACGACUACCAUAGUCGAGCUCAAGAAUGACGUGAGCACACAUCCCACACGUUCAUCCAAACGCACCUUAACGGAUGACCUUCACACCACAUUCAGCUCCCCUGUGGCCUGGAUCCUCGUGCUGGCUCUCGUUGUAACCUGGUCAGCAGUGGCCCUCAUUAUGUUUGACCUGCUCGACAGCAAGGAUCUUGAAGGACCUCAGCCACACCGUGUCAGGAAAACAUUAAAGGAAGCAGGCAGCCUUAGAGGAGGUAUUCAGCACAUCAGCCCUGAUCCCAUGAAGGCGGUGAGUGAAGCCAUGGACGACUCUGCCCAUUGGAUAACGUCAACCUUGAGUUUUAUGACUAAUUUGCUAGCACCGGAAGAGGAGGAAGCGGAAGGUGAGCGUCAUUUUGUGAGGAAAAAAGGAGAGUUCUUGCCACCGAGGAAAAAGGUUGCAGAGAUAUGGGCCAAGGAGAUGUUAGAAGAGGAAGGGGAGUAUGAGGAGGAGGAAGAUGAAGAUGAGGUGCUUGCCGUUGAAGAGGAGCAGGAGGAGGAAGAAGAAGAAGAGUAUGAGGAUGAAGAAGGCGAAGAAGAAGAGGAAGAAGAAAGUGAUGAGGAGAUGGAAGAGGAGGAAGAAGAGGAGGAUGGAGAAGAAGAAGAGGAGGAGGAAUUAGUAAAGGAAGCGGUGGUGGAGGAAGAGGGAAAAGAAGAAGAGGAAGCUGAUGCUGAGGAAGAAAAGGAAGAUGAAGAGGAGGAAGCAGCAGCAGAAGCUGUGCAGAAGGAGGAAAAAGAAAAGAAGGAAGAGGAAGCUGAUGCAGAGGAAGAAAAGGAAGAUGAAGAGGAGGAUGCAGCAGCAGAAGCUGUGCAGGAGAAGGAAAAUGAGGAAGAUGAAGCUGAUGCUGAGGAAGAAAAGGAAGAUGAAGAGGAUGAAGCAGAAGCUGUGCAGAAGGAGGAGGAAAAAGAAAAGGUAAAGGAGGAAGAGGAAGCUGAUGCUGAGGAGGAAGAGGAACAUGAAGAGGAGGAAGCAGAAGCUGUGCAGAAGGAGGAGGAAAAAGAAAAGGAGGAAGAGGAAGCUGAUGCUGAGGAGGAAGAGGAACAUGAAGAGGAGGAAGCAGAAGCUGUGCAGAAGGAGGAGGAAAAAGAAAAGGAGGAAGAGGAAGCUGAUGCUGAGGAGGAAGAGGAACAUGAACAUGAAGAGGAAGCUGCUGCUGCUCCUGCUGUCGAAAAGAAAGAUACUUCGAUCCCUGCUGAACCUGAUGAGGAGAAAGAAGAAACUGCAGAACAAAUCACUCCUAAAGAAACUGAUGAUGAGGUGGAGGACAAAACUGAUGUAGAUAAAGAACCACCUGAGGAAGAAGAUGGAAAAGAAGGUACUCCUGCUGAUGGUAAAGAUGAUGACCAAAAAGAUGACCAGAGUGAGGAGAAAGAUGAUGACGGUGAGGUCCAAGAGGCUGAUAUCGCCAUUGCUCUUGGUAUUAUAGCUGAUGCUGGUGCUACAGUCACUGAUGUUGAAGUGCAAGAAACUGACAUAACAACCCUGAAAGAAGAGGAGAAAGAUGAAAAGGAUGAAAGCGCAGAGGAAGUGGAAAUUGCUGAAAAAGCACCAGAACCAGAACCGGUCCCUAAAGCGGCAGUCGAGGAACUGAAAAAAAAAGAAGCAGAGGAACCUGUGGCAGAGGCUGAAAAAGAAGACAAACAAAAAGAGGCCUCUACCUGUCCUUGUAUGCAUUCAGUAAUACAUAAAGAGCCUCAAAAAGCCCAAGACACUGAACCAAAGGAAGAAAAAGUGUUAUAGAAGUGACUGAAGAGGUGGACGUACUAUAAAUUUAUGAAGACACGCA